AUGGCUGACCGUAUGCGACCGUUUAGAGACUUACUCAAACCAGAUACCCACUUUGAGUGGACUGAAGAGUUAAACGAGCUCUUUGAGGAAUCCAAACGGGUGAUUGCGGACAAGAUAGAGAAAGGCGUCACGAUAUUUGACCCCGCCAAAACUACCUGGUUAGCUACAGACUGGUCGCAAACGGGUAUUGGCUUUUGGCUACUACAGAAGCACUGCUCAUGCACAGAUAUCAAGCCGUUCUGCUGUCUCAUGGACUGGAAGAUCACUCUUGUGGGAAGCAGAUUCGCCCACGCGGCCGAGUCAAGAUAUGCCCCCAUAGAAGGUGAGGCACUAGCAGUGGCAGAUGCACUAGAGAAAGCGAGGUAUUUUGUACUUGGUUGUCCAGACCUUAUCAUAGCAGUGGACCAUAAACCUCUAAUUAAGAUAUAUAGUUACAGGGCCCUUGAGGAAAUCUCUAAUACACGCCUACGAAAUCUGAAGGAAAAGACACUGCGAUACAGAUUCCGUAUUAUUCACAUCCCAGGAGUGAAGCAUCGUGCAACGGAUUGUCUAUCACGCCAUCCUGUCAACGAACCUGUACAACUGAUCCUACCUGAUGACGUAGCCACUGUCAAUGCCGAUUUGUCGCGCACAUCAUCUAGACCAUCCCUUUUGUCUGUCCUCAGAACGAACGACACUCAUGCAUAUACUGGUGAAGAGGAAAAUGUAUCAACAGCGAUAUCUACAUUGGGCGAACUCAGUAUACAGUCAGUUACUUGGGAGAGGGUUCGUAUAAUGACAGCCAGCGACGACGAUAUGAUUGUUCUAGCUGACCUGAUAGAGAACGGUAUGCCUGAAUCACGCACACAAAUGCCUGAUGCACUGAGGGAUUUCUUUUAG